AUGGACCCUCUGCUGCCCAGAAACGCGGAGCUCCCAGAAGCAGAAGCAGAUCAAGAUGAAGACGAGAGGAAGAAGAUCCAGUUCUCUGUGCCGUGCUCCGCGCCUCCGCAGCUGGACCCGCGGCAGGUGGAGAUGCACAUUGGUCAGAGUGAGACCUCCGCUGUCUAUGGUACGUACCAGAGUGAGACCUCCGCUGUCUAUGGUACGCACCAGAGUGAGACCUCCACUGUCUAUGGUACGCACCAGAGUGAGACCUCCACUGUCUAUGGUACGUACCAGAGUGAGACCUCCGCUGUCUAUGGUACGCACCAGAGUGAGACCUCCGCUGUCUAUGGUACGCACCAGAGUGAGACCUCCGCUGUCUAUGGUACGUACCAGAGUGAGACCUCCGCUGUCUAUGGUACGUACCAGAGUGAGACCUCCGCUCACAUUGGUCAGAGUGAGACCUCCGCUGUCUAUGGUACGUACCAGAGUGAGACCUCCGCUGUCUAUGGUACGCACCAGAGUGAGACCUCCGCUGUCUAUGGUACGUACCAGAGUGAGACCUCCGCUGUCUAUGGUACGUACCAGAGUGAGACCUCCGCUGUCUAUGGUACGUACCAGAGUGAGACCUCCGCUGUCUAUGGUACGUACCAGAGUGAGACCUCCGCUGUCUAUGGUACGUACCAGAGUGAGACCUCAGCUGUCUAUGGUACGCACCAGAGUGAGACCUCCGCUGUCUAUGGUACGUACCAGAGUGAGACCUCCGCUGUCUAUGGUACGUACCAGAGUGAGACCUCCGCUGUCUAUGGUACGUACCAGAGUGAGACCUCCGCUGUCUAUGGUACGUACCAGAGUGAGACCUCCGCUGUCUAUGGUACGUACCAGAGUGAGACCUCCGCUGUCUAUGGUACGUACCAGAGUGAGACCUCCGCUGUCUAUGGUACGCACCAGAGUGAGACCUCAGCUGUCUAUGGUACGCACCAGAGUGAGACCUCCGCUGUCUAUGGUACGUACCAGAGUGAGACCUCCGCUGUCUAUGGUACGUACCAGAGUGAGACCUCCGCUGUCUAUGGUACGCACCAGAGUGAGACCUCCGCUGUCUAUGGUACGUACCAGAGUGAGACCUCCGCUGUCUAUGGUACGUACCAGAGUGAGACCUCCGCUGUCUAUGGUACGUACCAGAGUGAGACCUCCGCUGUCUAUGGUACGUACCAGAGUGAGACCUCCGCUGUCUAUGGUACGUACCAGAGUGAGACCUCCGCUGUCUAUGGUACGUACCAGAGUGAGACCUCCGCUGUCUAUGGUACGUACCAGAGUGAGACCUCCGCUGUCUAUGGUACGUACCAGAGUGAGACCUCAGCUGUCUAUGGUACGCACCAGAGUGAGACCUCCGCUGUCUAUGGUACGUACCAGAGUGAGACCUCCGCUGUCUAUGGUACGUACCAGAGUGAGACCUCCGCUGUCUAUGGUACGUACCAGAGUGAGACCUCCGCUGUCUAUGGUACGUACCAGAGUGAGACCUCCGCUGUCUAUGGUACGUACCAGAGUGAGACCUCCGCUGUCUAUGGUACGUACCAGAGUGAGACCUCCGCUGUCUAUGGUACGCACCAGAGUGAGACCUCAGCUGUCUAUGGUACGCACCAGAGUGAGACCUCCGCUGUCUAUGGUACGUACCAGAGUGAGACCUCCGCUGUCUAUGGUACGUACCAGAGUGAGACCUCCGCUGUCUAUGGUACGCACCAGAGUGAGACCUCCGCUGUCUAUGGUACGUACCAGAGUGAGACCUCCGCUGUCUAUGGGAAGAACAGCGGAGUUAUUGAUGAUGAACUGGGCAAACCUCAAGUCAAAGUCUGGUGUUUUGAUAAAGCCUGUUGGGAUUUGGGACUGUCCGCACUAACACAAGUUUUGGUGGUUUUCUCCCAGAUUCGUCGGCGGAGGCCAACACCUGCCACUCUCUUCAGACUGACGGACCCACCUUCUCCUGAGGACGAGACCCAGUGGAUGCUGACGGACAACGGGGUGUUGAAGUCCAGACUGACGCACACCUACCAGCCGCCCUCUCUCAAAGUGGUGCAGAAGAUGGCCCAGGCCCACCUCGCCUGUUUACCUUCGAUGGACAAAGACGACUCUGAGGAGGAGGCGGACGGCGGCUGUGAAGAGACUAAAGAACUGCGUGGAGAUGAACAGAAACUUCCAGAGAACUCGGCUCGACCCGACAAAUCCACAGAACCAAGAAAGCAUCACCAACCGAGAGGCGAGACAGAGCCGCAGGAGAUCGGGAAGUUUUAG